AGAUACUAUUACUUGUAAUAAUAAAAUAUUUAAUUUCUUUUUUUUUAAUAACUGUCCUUUUUAUUAUUAUUACUAUUUCCUUAUAACUUGCAAUAGAUUGACAAUUGGUAUGAAUAACUAUUAUAACGAUUAUCCCGUUGUAAUUGGUAUUGAUUUUGGUACCACUUUUUCAGGAUGCGCUUAUGCUUACAUUCAAAAUGAAGAGGUAGUUGAUAUUGUAAGAUGGCCAAAACAGAACAGCAAUGUAUAUCCUAAGACACCUACUUUAAAUUUCUACCAUGGUAAUGCAAAUCAAAUGACACAAUGGGGUAAUGCUGCUCGCAUCGAAAUGCAACGUCCAACAUCUCGUAACUCAAUUUUAUUAAAACAGUAUAAACUUUAUCUCGAUGAAAAUAUUGCUAAAGAUUUACCUCCUUUGCCGAAUGGUCUAUCAAUAGUUGAUGCAAUUGCCGAUUAUCUUAAAGCUUUUCAUGAACAUGUUGUUCAUGAAUUAAAAAAGGGCUUUGCACGUAAUUACAGUCAACAUCAAUUCAAAUACUGCUUAACUGUACCUGCAAUGUGGUCUGAUCGUGCAAAGAAUACUAUGCGUGAUGCAGCUAUUAAAGCUGGGUUAAUUAACGAGAAUGACGAUCGUGAUAGACUCAUGUUAAUUUCUGAGCCUGAAGCUGCUGCUCUUUAUUGUGAAAAGAAAUGUGAACAGUUUAAUCUUGGGCAUGGAGAUAAAUUUAUGAUUUGUGAUGCUGGAGGUGGUACUGUAGACUUGAUUGUUUUUGAAAUUGAUGAGAACAGCGGAAGGAAAUUAAAGGAAUGUACAAAAGGCCAUGGCCAAUCUUGUGGUUCUGUGUUUUUAGAUCGUCGUAUGCGUAAAUUAUUAAAAAGGAAGUUUAAAGAAUAUUUAUCAUCCAUUCCCGCAUCUGCUUUUGAAAUGAUGAUGGAUACGUUUGUAGAUCUUAUCAAGCCACAAUUUGAUGGAAUUGAAGAUCAAUUCAUUUCGCUUCCUGCAUCUAUGAAUUUAGGUUUGCUUAAAAAUCCUGUCAUUGGUUUAGAGGAGGGUAUACUUUGCUUGACAGCAGCUGAGCUUAAAACAGACGUAUUUAAUCCUAUUGUGAAGGAAGUUAUACAGUUGAUUGAGGAUCAAUUGAAGAAAGCCGGAUCUUUACAAGCAGUGUUUUUAGUAGGCGGAUUUGGUUCUUCAAAUUACUUAUUUGAAUGUGUUCAAAGUGAGUUUGGAUCAAGGAUAGGCUUAGUAGCAGUACCUCCUCGUUGUGAACUUGCAGUCGUACGUGGUGCUGUUUAUUUUGGCUUGAAUCCUCGUAUAGUGACCACACGUAUUCCUAGAUAUUGGUAUGGCAUCGAUACGACAACUACAUUUGAAGAAGGUAUUGAUCCGCCCAGCUAUAAAAUUAUUCGUGCUGAUGGUAAAGUACGAUGUGAUAAUCGAUUUUCAGUUUAUGUGAAAAGAGGACAGCCUCUUGAUAUUGAUAAUUGUGUAAGUAAAGACUUCUUUGCGUAUUAUCCUCAUCAUACAACAUGCAUAUUAUAUGCUGCAGACACAGAAGAACAGCCUCGAUACACGACAAGUCCUGGAGUACAUAAAGUGGCUAAUUUUACUAUACCUAUGCCCUCUUUAACAGGUGUUAUGGAAGGCGAAAAGGUAGAUUUGUCUAUUAAAAUGUAUUUUGGUGAGGUUGAAUUAAGAGUUGAAGCAGUUAUUCGUGGCAAAACUUACAGUACAACAUGCACGUUUAAUACCGAUUAUUAAAAAAAGAAAAAAAUACCCAUUUAUUAUAUACAUACAUAAACGUAUAUCACACAAUUUUUAUUAUCAUUAUCAUUAUCAUU